AAAUGAUUCGGCUUCUAAACCCAUAGCGUCGACAAUGUUUCAAGUGGACGGCUGCAAAAGAUCUUCGCCUUCGCCGUCCCGAUGCUCGGUGCGCAGCGAUAGCCGCGUGCUGCGGCAGCCUCGCGUCAUCCAGGUCAACCGCGACGCCGCCACCAUGAUGGACGACGACGCCGGCUGCGCGCGCGACCCCCCUCCCGACGCCGCCCGCGACUACGACCGCCACCCCGAGCCCCCCGCGCCCCACUUCCGCUCGCGCACCUUCAGCGACGGCUUCAUCCGCAACACCAGCCUCGAGCUGCUGCUGGGCGUCGACUGCGAGGCCUGCCUCGCCCUCGCCGCGCAGAGGCAGCACUUCGACGAGCAGCUGGCCGAACGCGACCUCGACCUCGUGUGCAACUGCAACGUCCGCCAGAACAACUACCUGAACUACUGCCGGGAGCCCCUCCAGCCCCGCGGCCACACCCUCAGCAUAUACGACAUCGAGAGGAUAAAGCGGGACACCGGCCGGAUCAACCUGGCGGCCGUGUCCCACCGGAGCCUCGACCGAAAGCACGCCAAAAGUAAAACCAUAGGUGUAUCUAGUUACAUAUCCAAACAGCUGAUAUCGUACGAGCCGACGAGCACGUUGGUCCAAAAAAUCAAGAGAAAAUUAUCGAACCUGAAGAGAAUAGGCGGCGAGGCCAUGACCAAGCGAUCGCAGAAUGCGGUCCAGCUGGCCGAGAUCACCUCGGGAUCUUCGAGCUCACUCAAAAGACUGUCUAUGAUGUCGUUAGUCGAUAAGUCGCAGAGGAAAGUCAACAGCCAGAGCUGUAUAUUUCCCACGUCGAACGCCCAUUCGAAGGAGGAUUUGAAACACAGCGCGACGACGUACGAAAAUUUUUCCUCGAACGUCGAUCAGUGUUUCGACCGCCUUCGCAGCUGCUCCGGUGACACGAACGUGUCUCACAAAAGUAUGAAAAUAAGGAACUUCGACGUCAGCAGUGAUAAUGUCAGCAGAAAUUUUCCAGCAACGAAAUGUUCAACGUUAGAUAAUCGCAGUCGAAGUAGGAGCAUAAGGCGGCAGUUGUCGUAUAAUGAUUUCCCCAGCGACCGGUACAGAGAUCGUGUCGCGGAACCUUGGCCGAAAGAUGAGAGCGCUUUUCUCUCUAGGAAUUCUAAAAGCGAUUUAGUAGAGGACGACCAAACAUUUAUGGACUCCGAGAGAAUUGUAAACAGCAAUUUACGGACUGCACACCUUCAUUGCACUUGCGACUCUAGCUGUGAUAAGAGAAUUACUUCUAUAUUUUAUGACCCUCAUGGUAACAAACGGUCAGCGCCAGCGCCGGACGUGACGGACCGGGCGCAGGUGCGCGUGGCGUCGUGCAACACGUGCAACACAUGCAAGGCGCAGUGGAACCCCCCCGGCCCCUCCACCACCAGCCACAGCUCCACCGCCACCGCUAACUCCUCGCGUUUUUCGGCGUGGCACCGGCGCUGGUGCUGCGUAGCCAUUUUGGUGCUGGUAGCGGGGACGGCUUGCGUGGCCGGGCCUCUCGCGCUGCGGGCGCCGCCCGGUGCGCCCCUGCACGAGCGCCUACGCCUGGCGGAGCGUCUGUUGCACGAUACGCCCCUGAUAGAUGGACACAACGACCUGCCAUGGAACAUCAGGAAGUUUCUACACAAUAAGAUCAAGGAAUUUAGGUUCGACGAGGACCUGCGGACCAUCUCCCCCUGGGCCACCAGCUCCUGGAGCCACACAGACCUGCCGAGGCUCAAGCAGGGGAGGAUAGCUGCACAGUUCUGGGCGGCGUACGUGCCGUGCGACUCGCAGCACCGCGACGCCGUGCAGCUCACCUUCGAGCAGAUCGACCUCAUCCAGCGCCUUACCGACAAGUACCACCCCGAGCUCACAUUCUGCACAUCCGCUGAUGAUAUAUUGACCGCGCACGCGAACCAUCGGCUGUGCUCCCUCAUAGGGGUGGAGGGGGGUCACGCUAUAGGGGGCUCCCUGGGGGUGCUGAGGACGCUGUACCAGGUGGGGGUCCGGUACCUGACGCUGACGUCGACGUGUGACACGCCGUGGGCCGAGUGCGCCUCCACGGAUAGAUCGUACGAGCCCGGGACUCGAGGGGGUCUCACUCCGUUCGGCAAGGUAGUGAUAAAGGAGAUGAACCGUCUCGGCAUGCUGGUGGACCUGUCGCACGUGUCGGAGCGAACGAUGCGUGACGCCCUGACGGUGUCACGCGCGCCCGUGCUGUUCUCGCACUCGAGCGCGCGCGCGCUGUGCAAUGUCACUCGCAACGUGCCCGACACGGUGCUGCGACUGCUCGCAGCCAACAAGGGCCUCAUCAUGGUCAACUUCUACACCAGCUUCCUCACUUGCGGCGACUCCGCGACCGUGCAAGACGCUAUAGAGCACAUCAACCACAUCCGCGACAUCGCCGGCGUGGACAGCGUGGGGCUUGGCGCCGGGUACGACGGCAUUAACUACACCCCACAGGGCUUGGAAGACGUGGCCUCGUACCCUCUCCUCUUCGCCGAGCUGAUGGAGGACGGAUGGAGCAUCGAGGACCUGAAGAAGCUCGCGGGCCUCAACCUGCUGCGAGUUCUGAGUGCGGCGGAGCGGGUGUCGAAGGAGCUGGCGUCGGCUCACGUCAUCCCGUACGAGGACGUCGCCCCCCGCACCCUGGAGUCACUCAACUGCUCCAGCCAAGACCUGUGAAUUAUUAGUGGACGAUGAGGCAAGAUGACCUAAGGCUCAGAUAGCUUAUGCUCAAGUUUCGUUGUGAUAGACCCCGUUGAUAAAACAACGAGGGUUAUCGUUAUGCUAAACAACAUAUUGACCCACCGACCAAUAUCUGAGCAAAACGAACGACUGGAAACGCACAAAACCUUAUAUUGACGUAAAUAAUUCUACAAAGUCACAGUUUUGAACUUAGUGAUGAUGAUUUCCGAUGUAGCGCUUAGUUCUAGCAGCUUUUUGAAGCUGCUCGCGAGGCACUGUCGGGUGGCCGAAUUAUCUAUCUGUAAAUAUCUGAGGCGCUGUCUUUGUAUUCGAUGCUUGUUAUUUCGCCAGGCGGCGCUUGUGUGCCCAGUCCGAAUCAGAUAGCACAAACUUAAAACCCUGAUUAGGCACUUUAAUUAUAUUAUUUACUUUUUCCAUCUAUAUUUUGAUUAAUAUUUAUCUGCUGUUACUUGUUAUCAAUGGGUAA